GCUCAACUCUACAACCCACCAGACAUGACCGGAAGUAGCGCAGCUCUACAGCAAUGUUUGCUAAAAGUAGUAGCUUGUUAGCAUUGUGACUGUCCACACAAGUUUCUCUGCAAAAAAUGUCUUGAACGCAUCAUAAAACACGGCCGAAAUAAGUUUUUUUAAUAUAUUAAAAAAAAGGAGAAUUAGCAUCAAGAUGUCGGAGAAAAAGCGAUCAAGAAAGAAGGAGCACGAGGACAGACGACACCACAAGAAAUCCAAGACGUCCAAACAUGACAUGGAAAAACACCAGACACAGACGAAGAAACUCAACCAACAAGUUCAAAAACUGAAACACAUCGAGACUUUCUACGAGCAGCCUCCACCAGGUUAUAUAAAGGAGUAUGAGGAGAAACCAGAGGAUUGUAUUCCUGAAGAAACGGGGAAUGAAGACGCCAGAAACUUCCUGGCUCACGCCCCCACCAAGGGGCUCUGGAUGCCUCUGGGGAAGGAGGUGAAGGUGAUGCAGUGUUGGAGAUGCAAGCGCUACGGACACAGGACAGGGGACAGGGAGUGCCCUUUUUUCAUCAAAGGCAACCAGAAACUGGAGCAGUUCAGGGUGGCUCAUGAAGAUCCGAUGUACGACUUAAUUCGAGAAAACAAACGAAAUGAAAAAGAAACCAGGAUCCAGCAGCUACAGCAGCUGCUUCAGGACACCACCUCCUCCUCCGACUCAGACAGCUCGUCGUCUUCAUCCUCCUCAGGCCACAGUCGCAAGAAGAAGAGAAAAAAGGACAAGAAGAAGAAAAAGAAGAGGAAGAAGCGAAAGCACAAGUCCUCCAAAACUAGUGACGUGUCAGACUCAGAUUGAGUCUUUAUCAGUUUAAAUAAUCUAAAAGUAGGACGAGACUUUAAAAAGAACAGCAGCGGCUAGAUGCUAUCAAGGUGAAACUCCUGGUCAAAUGGUGGGGCUGUGCCUUGGUGUAUACUGGUUUGAAAAACAGCAUGAGCAUAAAUCUUUAAAAAAUAGUCUUAAUUUUUCUAAGAUAACUUUUUCUGUUAGAAGAAUGCAUCUGGAAAUAUCACGUAAAGAUUGUUUGUUACACCGUUUUAUAUCAGCAGCGUUAUUACAAUGUAAUUGUAGCAUAUUUAAUCCACAGAAAUGGUUGGAAUGUUUUGAACAAACGCCUGAAUGUUAAAAAGGUAAAUUGACACGGAUGUAAUAAGUUGAGGUUUGAGUUUACUUAUUUGUACUGAAAAAAAAAACAAGAGAACUGAAUGUAUGUGAAUAAAUCCAUUUCCUGUAAACUAUAAA